AUGGCUACAUCUAAGGGUUCGAUUAAGGUGCAGGCUAACAAGAAACGGGCCAGGCCCGACGCAUCGAGUGCGAAACCUGAGAAAAAGACGGUAUCCAGUUCUGGAAAUACCGCAGCUGCCUCAUCGUCAGGGAGCGAUAACGAAGCUGAAGAGGAUGAGCUGGAUUUAGAGGGUAUUUCCUCUGGCUCUGAAUUGGAGGAGGUAGAGAGUGAGGAUAAGGACGAGGGUGCAGAGGAGGAGGAAGGUGAUGACUUCCCCAGAAAGAAGAAAUCUAAAAACAGUAAGCACGAUGAUGGGUCUGCUGACUUCUCGUCAGCUUUAAGUUCCAUUUUGGGGUCUCAUCUGAAGGCAUACGAUAGAAAAGACCCUAUUAUGGCAAGGAACAAGAGAGUCUUGAAGCAAACUGAAGCGGAUAAACUAGAGGUUAAGGCUAAGAAGGCCAUACUUGCCGAGAAGAGGAAAUUGCUGAAUAAAACAAGGAAAAAGGAUAUCUUGACCACGGAUAUUGACGCAGAUGAUUUGAGGUCAGUAUUAGAAAAGGAAUCCAAACUAAGGAAAAUUGCACAAAAGGGUGUCGUUAAACUAUUCAAUGCCAUCCUAUCCACACAAAUCAAGACCGACAAGGAAACAACGGACAGCUUAAGUGACAUCAAAAACAAACAGGAAAGAGAAAGACUUAUCACUGAAGUGUCCAAAGAAAAGUUUUUGGAUUUGGUCAAGGCUGCAGGAAAUGAUGAUUGA